AUGGAAGUUGUGUUACCGCCUUUGGAAUUUACAGAAUGUAUAAGUGACAGCCCGUACUUUAGAGAAAAUCUCCACAAACACGAAAGGGAGCUCGAGAAAACGAAUCAGCACAUCAAAAGGAUUAUAAAAGAAGUCAAAGAUCUCAUCGCGGCUGCCACACAAUUGAGUGAGGCCCAAAAAUCCUUUGGAAAAUGCAUAGAAACGUUCACUUUCGAAUGUAUUGGAGGUACAGAGACUGAUGACGAGCAGGUGAUAUUUAAAUCGCUCAAAGUUUUUAGUGAAUUUAUUUACACGGUGGAAGAAGAAAGGCGACGAAUGUUGGAUAAUGCAGCCACCUUGGUUGUCAAACCAUUGGAGGAAUUCCGUAAAAAACACAUAGGGGCAGUAAAAAACGAGAAGAAGAAAUUCGAAAAACAGACGGCUAAAUUCUGCCAGAACCAAGAAAGAUAUUUAAGUUUAACCACGAAAAAAAUGAACUCACUUCAAGAGGCGGAUGCUUCAGUAGACAUGGCUGAAAGGCAUUUUUACAAAGCCAGCAUGGAAUAUGUGUGUCUUAUACAGGAAGUGCACGAACGAAAAAAGUUUGAAUUCGUCGAGACGCUGUUACAAUUUAUGAUGGCAUGGCUGACGUUUUAUCACCAGGGUUAUGAAGUGGCCAAAGAUUCGCAAAAUUUUACCAACCACCUGUCGCAGAAAAUACAAAAAACUCGCACGAAUUUCGACGAUUUCAGUCACAAGUUGAAGUCCAGAAUGACGGAAGUCUUGAAGCAGGAAGAGCCAAUAAGGAAUAUCAGAGGGCGAAAGGAAGGCUAUUUGUAUUUGUUGGAAAAAAAGGCAUUUGGAGCAACAUGGACCAAACACUAUUGUACUUAUAUCAGAGAAACCAAAGAAUUUACCAUGCUCCCAUACAACCAGUUGACAGCCAAAGCACUGCCCCAACCCGAAACCAUGGUUUUAACGUCCUGCAUUAGAAGAAUGACAGACUCGAUAGAAAAACGUUUUUGCUUUGACAUACAACUGGACUCAAAACCAGGUGUCACUUUGACUUUUCAAGCUUUGUCGGAACAAGAUCGAAAAUCGUGGAUGGACAUGAUGGAUGGAAUAGAACCGACUUACAUUGCUCCGACCAAAGACCGAAAAACGCCGAACCCCGACGAACGAAUUUUGGACGAGAACGGCAUACGGUUCGUUAAAAAGUGCAUCGAAGUGCUCGAUGCGCGCGGUCUCGAGGAACAGGGGAUGUACAGGGUCGGCGGGGUGGCUUCCAAGGUGAACAAGCUGAUAAACAUAUUCUUGGACAAGAGAAAAAACGAGAAGGCCACCAUGGAGGAUCCGCUCGAGUGGGAAACGAAAACCAUAACGAGCGCGCUUAAAACGUAUCUGAGAAGUUUUUCCGAGCCAUUGAUGACAUAUCACUUACACAACGAGUUUAUACAAGUUGUUAAACAAGAAAGCAAAGAAAAAAGGGUAGAUGAAGUUUAUAGACUGUUAUACAAGUUACCACCAGCAAAUUUCGAACUCCUAAAAAUCGUCAUAAAACACUUAAAAAGUGUCGCCGAAAAAAGCAAAAAGAACCUGAUGAACUCCAGCAACUUGAGCGUCGUGUUCGGGCCGACUUUGCUGCGACCGGAAGAGGAAACCGUGGCCUCGAUUUUGGACCUGAAAUUCUACAACAUAGUCGUGGAAAUCCUGAUCGACAACUGCGACAAACUGUUCAACAGCGAACCGAUCGCCGUCAAUAACGUCAACAGCUUCGAGGAGGCGGCAUCGCCGCAAGAAACCGUCACCAGAAAACGUCUGGCCGUCAACGGACACGGCAACGUUGCCAUGCACGGCAACGGGCCCGUGCAGGUCAAGAAGGUCAACGGGUACAGUUACGACAGCAGAUACAGGAUGAACGUCAGGAACCCGUACGAGACGAGCUCCGCGUACGGAAUUUACGACCAUCACAGCGACAACGCCGCGUCGAUGAGUUACGAUAACGUUGGCAACCCCGAGCACAGGCAGCUGCGAUAUCAUCUGGCGCCAGCCGCCUCGUCCCAAUCGGAAACGAACAUACCGAACCUGAACAGCUACAGCAUACCGCGGUUCGGAUCUACCAACUUACCGGAAGCAAUUUGUACGAGUAGUUCAAAUGAAUCAGUGGCGUCCACCUCACAGGAAAGCAAUCAUCUGUAUAAAUCGAUACCGCAAAAAAUGCAAAGGACCAAUUUGUCUAUGGGGUACCAGAAUGUAUAUAAAUCGCCAGAAAAUGUGGAGUCAAACCAUAUUUUUUUAACACAUGCUUUAAGGGGAGGACAUCAGCUUUUGUCGUCACCUUUUAAAACCAAGCGAGUUAGAACCUUAUACGCAUGUCUGGGGGAAAAUGAUGGAGAACUGAGUUUUGAACCGAACCAAAUCAUAACAAACGUGAAAUCGUCUCCGGAGCCGGGCUGGCUGGAGGGCACGCUGAACGGCAAGUCCGGAUUGGUGCCGGAAAAUUACGUCGAGGUGCUGCCUUGACCUGCGCAGUACAUGUCAAAAUUGUCGACCUCGCUGCGCGCCAACAUCCGAAAGGCGUUCAAUGCGAACCUGUCGAAUCCGGAUCUGCGCGCUUCAGGUUUGCUGGCGCACAGGCAAAGUCUCGACGAGACGCAGAGCCUGAUCGACAAAAAAAAGCCGGAAAGGAAGAAUUCCACUUGAAAGGCUCUCUAUUUCAGAUCGAAAGUUAUUUCUGGAUACUUGAUCUGAAGAGGUUAUUAUUGUUGGGCAGUUUAUUGUUUUUGUUAGUGGUUGCACUUAUUAUUUCAAGGGGACAUUCCACUGUUAAAAAUCAAUAAUAAUAAAAUGUCCUCUUAGUUAUGAACUCACUGUUAUGUAGCCGCAAGUAUUGUUUUAUUUUGAAAUUUAAUUUUUGUUUUUAACUUGUACAUACAUUCUGUGAUAGAUGUUUAGACUGCCGCAUAUUUUUUUCGAAGAAAAAAACACCGUCAAUUUGGAAGAGUGAACAUAGUUGAGGUAAGUUAGGUAACUAUUACACGGUUUGUAUGAUAAUUUAGCAAAAUAAUCGUGCCAAAUUAUACAAAAAUUACUAUGAACUGAUGGUUUUUAACAGGGUUUCGCAUUUACACAGUUUCUUUGAAAUACAUUCCAUUGUUUUUCCUAAAUUAUCAUUUGAAUCGUUUGCACAAUUCAACAUAUCUUAGGGAACCAUUUAUUUUACUGCAAAGUAAGUAAGGUUAGUAUUUUUGUAAUGCAUUUUAAGUAGCCAAAAUUAAAAAUAUGGAUAUUACUAUUCUCCAUAUUUUUUUUUAGUUCAUUUUAUAAAAGGUGUCCUGAAAUGCCUGUACAAAAUGAUUCCACAUACUCCUAAAACCAAAAUAAUGCGAUGUAACUAAAUUUACGUAGACAGCGCCCUCUAUAACCUUCAUUAAUUUUUUAAGAAAUAUAAUUUUCCCGUCCUGAAAAAGUUUGGUUUUUCCAAAACUAUUGCCAGGAAUAUGUAGUACUAUUUUGUACAGGCAUUUCAGGCACACCUUGUAUAUUUUGUAAUUUAAAACCUUUGGAAUGCAUUUACUGUUCUUAAGAUAUUAUUUGUGAUGUCACCAAUAUCUGCACAAAAAAGAUUUGCAAAGUGCAAAAAUGUGUAUUUUAUGUGAUGUGGUCUAUAAGUUUAUUUUUUACUAAUUUAGACAACAAAAAUCCAGCAAAAUAUUAUUGACAACCAGUGUCAUGUAAUUUAAAAAUGUUGUAGUUUAUAAUGCAUGAAUACAUGUCUAUUUUAAAUAUAAAAAUAUAGUACCAAAAUUUUAUGGCAUGGCAAUUAACGUGACUGGAUUAUGCCACCAUUUUAAAUGUUUUAUUGCUUUCGGUUAGGGGAACCCCAUAAAAUAUAUAGGCAAUCUUGGGCACACCAUUCAAUUGUUUUGGGUUACACUUUAAGGUUAUAUUAACCAUCUUAUCUGUCAAAUUACGACAACCUACUUUUUUACGAUAUUUUUGAAAAACCCAAAAUAGACAAAAAUAACAAACGGUAAUAAUUAUUUUAAUGGUUAAAAAGGCCUGAUUAAUUAUAAUAACUAUAGUUACCAUAAGUAUUAAUAGAUUUUGUAAAUAACUUUUGUUUAGGUUAAGUUUGUUUAAAUUGCCUAUUUUAUUGUAUUAUAGACACAAGUGUUUGUGAUAUUUUAUGUAUAUUUACC